AUGGACCCGGGCCAGGGAGCGGAACUGGCUGGCCCGGGGGAUGCGACCGGAGAGGAACCGCCCGCGCCCCGGCCCCGCCGCCGCCGGUCGCUGCGCCGCCUGCUCAGCCGCUUCCUGGUGGCGCUGGGCAGCCGCGCCCGCCCAGGACACUCGCCGCCCCGGCCACGGUGCGGAUCCUGCGAUGGCGACGGCGAGGGGGGCUUUGCCCACGCCCUGGUCCCUGCUCCAUCUGCGCCCGGGAGCCCCAGGGAGGAGCAGGCUCCCAGACCUCAACCCCAGCUUCCCGCCGGCGACGGGGCGCGGCCCCCAGGCGCGCAGGGGCUUAAGAAUCACGGCAACACCUGUUUCAUGAACGCCGUGGUGCAAUGUCUCAGCAACACCGACCUGCUGGCCGAGUUCCUGGCGCUGGGUCGCUACCGGGCGGCGCCGGGCCACGCCGAGGUCACCGAGCAGCUGGCGGCGCUAGUGCGCGCGCUCUGGACGCGCGAAUACACGCCCCAACUUUCCGCUGAGUUCAAGCUUCAGUCAGAAGCCAGUAAGAACUCUGACACCCUCGCGUCAUCAGCUGCUCAGCCUCCUCUAGGUCAAAGCUUUGUGCAGAGCCACUUUCAAGCACAAUAUAGGUCUUCCUUGACCUGCCCCCACUGGUUGAAACAUUGCAACACCUUCGGUCCUUCCCGGUGUGUGUCACUACCCAUCCCUUUACGCCAGACCAGAUUUUUGAGCGUCACCUUGGUCUUCCCGUCUGCGUUCCAGCGGUUCCUGCGGGUUGGCCUGGCUGUGCCGAUCCUCGGCACAGUGGCAGCCCUGAGGAAGAUGGUGGCAGAGGAAGGCAGCAUCCCUGCAGAUGAGGUGAUCUUGGUUGAACUGCAUCCCAGUGGCUUCCAUCGGUCCUUCUUUGAUGAAGAUGACUUGAAUACCAUUGCAGAGGGAGAUAAUGUGUAUGCUUUUCAUGCUCCUUCAUCCCCUGCCCAAGGGGAGCUCUCAGCUCGUUCAUCCUUUCUGCCAGUCUCCUCACACUUGGCAGACCAUGAACAUCAGCAAGAGAACAAGGUGCUAAUCCUCUUCUGUAACUUGGUGGGGUCAGGACAACAGGCUAGCAGAGGCAUUUCCUUGGCCCAGCUCCAGCAGUGUAUUCUCAGUAAAGUCUGCCAUCUCAUGAAGAAUGAGGCCCACGUACAGAACCUGGGAGCACUGUUCUCCAUUCGGUUUGUGGGGCUUUCCCUGGCCUGCAGCUACUUAGGCCCACAGGAUGGUCGGCCCCUCUGUCACUGGGCAGUUGACAGGGCUCUGCACCUCAGGAGGCCGGGUGGUCCUGCACAUGUCAAGCUGGCUGUGGAAUGGGAUAGCUGUGCUAAGGAAUGCCUGUUUGGGAACGUCCAGAAGGAACAGGUCCAGGAUGCAGAGAGUGUGUGGCGGCAGCAGCAGGCACACCAGCAGCCCAGCUGUACCCUGGACGAGUGUUUCCAGUUCUACACCAAGGAGGAACAGCUGACCCAGGAUGAUGCAUGGAAGUGUCCCCACUGCAAAGUCCUCCAGCAGGGGACAGUGAAGCUGAGUUUGUGGACUCUGCCCGACAUCCUCAUCAUCCACCUCAAAAGGUUCUGCCAAGUCGGGGAGAGAAGAAACAAGCUCUCCACUCUGGUGAAGUUUCCACUUGCUGGCCUCAACAUGGCCCCUCACGUGGCCCCAAGAAGUACUGGCCCUCAGCCCAAGCCAGGUCCUUGGCCUUCCUGGAAGCAGCCGGCCUGCCUGCCCAAUGGCUACCCCCUGGACUUCUUAUAUGACUUGUAUGCUGUCUGCAACCACCACGGCAGUCUCCAAGGUGGGCAUUACACAGCCUACUGCCGGAACUCUCUGGAUGGCCAGUGGUACAGUUAUGACGACAGCACAGUGGAGCCACUUCGAGAGGAUGAGGUCAAUACCCGAGGGGCUUACAUUCUCUUUUAUCAAAAGCGGAACAGCAUCCCUCCCUGGUCGGCCAGCAGCUCCAUGAGAGGUUCCACAAGCUCCUCCCUCUCUGAUCACUGGCUCAUGAGGCUUGGGAGCAGCCAUGGCAGCACAGGGGGCAGCUGCUUGUCCCGGAGCUCCACCCCCUGCCCCUCUCUGCCCCCCAUGCCCGACUCCCCUGUCUUCACAAACAGCUUCUUCCAUCAGGAGAAGGCAGGGUUGGAGUCCAGGCCCUUGGUGCGGGGUAUCCCGGGCAGAAGCAUCAGCAUGAAGGCUCCUACCUCUUCUCGAGCCAAACAGGGGGCCUUCAAGACUGUGCCCCUCCGGUGGUCUUUUGGACCCAGGGAGAAACCACCCAGUACAUCCACAGAGUUGGUGGAAUACUUGGAGUCCAGACGGAGACCUCGAUCCACAAGCCGGUCCAUCGUGCCGCUGCUGACAGGUGCCGCAGGUGGGGAGAAGUCAGCCUCACAGAGCUCAAACUCCGCCCUCCCUGCACACGAUGAAGAUAGUGGGCGAGCCAGCGGAGGUGCACAGGCCGGGGUGCCCCACCCCUCGGUCCACCCCAAACACUGUCUACUCCCUGGAAAUUCAGAUGGUCUAAACUCAGCAAGGAAACUAAAGGAAAACACAAGUCAGCAUAUCAGGCUUCCUAAGAAAUUUGACCUACCCCUCACUGUGACACCCUCAGGGAAGAAUGAGAAACUGAACCAACCCGAGGGCCAGAGGACCAAGAAUUGUAAGGCGAGUAGCCAUCUGGGAAGCAACGGCAGUACAUCCUCCCCCAAGGAGGCACCCAGUGGUGUGGGUUUAUCCAGAAAUACUAAAGACAAUCACCGGAAUAGGGCAGCCAAAAUAAGGGCUAAUGUGGGGAAAAAGGACUCAGAGACAGACAGAUUCCCACAGGGGACACUCACCCUCCUAAGAUCUAUGUUCUUUAAGAAGGAGAAUAAGAGGAAGACUGACGGGGCAGACGUCUUCCCCCAGGCAUCCUCAGGGCAUGGCAGACUGAGCAUAAGUUCCGAUGAGCAGACUCGAGGCCCAUCCCCUUCCCUGGGGAUUAGAGAGAGCCUGGCCAGGGGCCUGGGUAGCUCCCUGGAGAGAGACGUCCGCUCGGCGCCCAGCUCUUUCCGCCUCCCUCGCAAAGCUGGCAGGCCCACGAGGGACAGCAGCACCCUUGGCACUUCCCAAAGGAGUGUUCCAGGGGAACAGACUUCUUAUGGCACCUUGCAAAGGGUGAAAUACCACACUCUUUCCUUAGGCCGGAAGAAGACAUUACCAGAAUCCAGCUUUUGA